CAUCACCUGGUUCUUCAUUUCCUUCCUUCUCUUCCUCUUCGUCUUCCUCUUCCUCGAGUUCUUCUCCGGCUACCGUCCGAUCUCCGGCAUGGAUCCGUCCGACUUUCCGCCCGGAAAAUUUCCAAGAAAAGAGCUCCAAGGCCCACGCCCAACCCCUCUAAAGAUUAGCAAAGAUUCAUACAAGAUCCGAAAGCCUCCCCUCGCACCGCAACCGUCGCAACCGCCGGCACGACCACCCCGCCAGCCCGUAAUAAUCUACGACGUCUCCCCGAGGACAAUCCACACAAACCCUAGUGAUUUCAUGGACCUAGUGCAACGUCUAACUGGCUUACCGUCCUCAUCCAAUAAUGGUACUGCUAGUACUAGUAUUACUACUACUGCUGCUUCUACUGCCGCUUCUACCGCUAACCCUAAUUUCUACGAGAGCCAAGCCCUAACCGGUGCAAUAUCGCCGGCGGUUCGAUACGCGACGAUAGAGAAAGCAAAGUCUCCACAAGGAAAUCUUGAUCAUGAUCAUGAUCAUCCUCAUCAUCAUGAUCAUGAUCAUAUGAGUGGUUUAAUGGAAGGGAUGGAGAUUAUGCAGGAUCAGUACAAUAAGGGUUUGUUCUCCGGAGUCUUGUCGCCCGGGCCCGCCUCGCUUCCUCGGAUCCCUCCAAGCUUCUUCUCUCCACCGUCCGAUAGCUUCUUCCAUGAUCUGAGCCCUCUGAUUAACGCCGCCAACAGGAAUUUCCUCGAAGGUGGUUUCAUGCCUAGCCCUGCAGCUGCAGCUUCAUACUUCAUUUCUCCUCGGAUGACUUCUACAAGUACUCCUUCCAUAGACUUCUUAUUCAACAACAUUUUCCCAGAUAAUUAAUUAAUUUGUGACUUGAUAAUUGUUUCAUUAUUUCAUUCGUUUUCUUUUCUUGCUUCUAUGGUGAUCAAGAAAAUAAAGAAAACGGCAUUGUGGGGCCCUAAAGAGAGAAAAUUCAAUCGGCCUCUUUUAGGUGGGAAGCAAGUUGGCAAUUAAUUCUUAUACAGGCCCUUUUAUCUUUAAUUUGUGGCUUUUUUUUCUUUCUUUAAUUUUUUGUGGGCCAUUAGACAGAGUGUACGUAGGUUUGGAUUAAUGUGUUGCGAUCAUAAUGAUGAUAUACUGAUGUAUUCCUUUUUAGAUUCCUUUUUCCGU